AGCAUACUCAAUUAUCAAAAUUUGGUGCUCCACUUUUGAACAGAAUGCAAAGGAACGCUGCAGUUACUCCAGUUACCGCUGCCGUGACGAGACGAUCCGUGGUCCGCUCCGAAAUCAGUUCCAUGAGGUGGAUAUGGUUGACCCGCUGCGAGGGUCGGACGGGGAGAGAACACGAAGUGUCGAAGAGAUUUUUACGAAGCGUGUCUAUGCGACAGCCUCGAUAUUUAUUAUUGUAGCUUCUCUUCAGAUAAUAAUGCUGUCGCAGUGGCUCAAUAAGGACGGCGAAAUCCUGAUGAUUGGUUUUUUCUGCACCCUGGCAAGCGUAGGACCCAUCGCUCUUCUUACCUUGGCGCCCAGACUGCGGAGGUUCAUCUGUGUUAGCUGGACUCUCUCCUGCAUUUUCGUAGAACUGUCAGUGGUUGGCACCGCCAUGGCGGUCAUAGAUCAUACCGUAUACCAAGCUGUCUUAUCCCUGUUGGGAGCCGUGGCAUUGAUCGUCAUCCUGUGUAUUUUGGGUGCAAUGCUGCCCCAAAAAAUUCUCCCAGGCGAAAUAAGCAUUUUUGUAUCGCUUGUCCUAUUCGGCCUGGCCUGCAUUGUGAUAAUGGGCACGUUUAUGGCAACGUACCAUGCGACAUUCAAACGGAUUUUCUUUUUUUUUUUAGCGGGUUUUCAGGUUUUUAUCUGCCUGUACAACAUCCAGAUAAUCCACGGCAGACGAUUCAAGGUUCCGGACUACGAUUACGUAUAUUGUGCCACAAUGUUAUACCUGCACUACUUCCUGUUCUUCGUGGACAUCAUCUUUUGCUUCUGGACGAGACAUGACCAUGUGGUUCCACAAGAAUAAGGAGCAUUUUCCCAAAAAAAAAAAUAGGUUCAGUAACCUGGACUUUAUUUAUGAUUGUUUAUAUGGAACAACGUUAAUUUAUAGAAUAUAUAUACAAAACAAA